AUGCAGAGCCAAUCACCGUCGACAGCCGCUCCAAACUCACAGUACACAUAUCCUCAACCGUAUGGUGGUGCGGGCUCUCCCUAUCAACAAACGGCAAGUCCGGUCUACCAGAAUUUCUCACCUGGCGGACAAUCGCAAUUCCCUCCUAGUGCGCAGUAUACUCCAGCGGGAUAUUCCCCGCAAUCAUUCCAGGGCACGCCCGGUCAGACCGGCGCAGCUUACGGAACACCACCGCCUUUCCCUCCACAACAGCCACAGCAACCAACCCCCCAAACCAACACACCUCCACAUGCUACCGCAUUCGCGCCACGAUCUGGGAGCUUGCCAGCCGCUCCCGGUCUCCCUCAAAGGCCUGCCGUGGGUGCUCCACAGGUCAAUGCCUAUCAGCUACAGCAAAUGCACAUGGGCCAUCCGGUUCCGGCCACCGGUGCACCUGUUACAGCUACCAACGGCGAGAAGCCCCCAGGAGCCGAAGCCACACCGAUCUCAUCGUCUAUUGACGACCUCAUCUCCGGUGCUGCCAAAGAAGCAGACCAAGCAGCCGCAAGCGCUGCCCCUCCCACAGAAGAGAAGCCCACCAAGAAGGACAAAUCGAAGCAGUCAAGAUUGGUGUAUUCUGACAAUGAGACCAGUCCGGAGGAAAAGAUGGCGAAGUUGCCCAGGUACGCAAUCGUUCCCGAUCGUUUAGGGGAAACGGCGCUCCAAGAACAAGUUCCUGCGGCCGUAACGGGGGCCGAACGGGGCCCGGAUACCGUAUUCGACGCGACGGAUUAG